GCCACACCACUUCUAUCUACGCAACUUAGGUAGCCGGCUACCUAUUUACAAGUUCUGUGGGCGAAAGAACGCGGUUGGGCAGUUAUGGCGCCUCCAUCCACAAAACCUCCAGCUGCUGUAGCUCGUGCAGCCGUCAAUAAACGUUUUAACGGUGAACAUUUUCUGCAAAAAGUUUAUAGAAAAUAUGUAAAUUUUCAAUUUGCUAAAUACCUUAUAUUCGAUCCGGCUGCUUUGCCCAUUGUUACCGUCUUCAUACUGUUGGCUGAAUUGGUUCUGAAUGUUCUGGUUAUAAAUCGUGUUCCGUAUACGGAAAUUGACUGGAAGGCGUAUAUGCAGGAAUGUGAAGGAUUCUUGAAUGGCACCACCAACUAUGCUCUGCUAAAAGGUGACACUGGUCCUUUGGUUUAUCCUGCUGCCUUUGUGUACAUCUAUUCAGCGUUGUACUUCCUUACAUCUUAUGGACAAAAUAUACGCUUAGCUCAAUAUGUGUUCGGUUUAAUAUACUUGCUGCAAAUGUGGCUUGUAUUACGUCUCUAUAGCAAGAGUCGCAAAGUGCCUCCAUAUGUUUUAGUAAUCAGUGCCUUCACAUCGUAUCGCAUACAUUCAAUUUAUGUAUUGCGUCUCUUCAAUGAUCCUGUGGCCAUACUCUUCCUAUAUGCUGCUCUCAACCUAUUUUUGGACCGUCGCUGGACAUGGGGUAGUGUAUGCUUCAGUUUGGGUGUGGGAUGCAAAAUGAAUAUACUACUAUUUGCGCCAGCACUUUUACUGUUCUACUUGAUUAAUUUGGGUCUUGUGAAGACCAUUGUGCAGUUGGCUGUUUGUGGCAUACUACAAUUAGUAUUGGGUCUGCCCUUCUUAUUGACUUAUCCGUGGCAGUAUGUAAAGGGUAGUUUUGAUUUGGGACGUGUAUUCGAGCAUAAAUGGACGGUAAACUACAGAUUUUUAGCCACGGAUUAUUUUGAAAAUAAAUAUUUCCAUUUGGCUCUUCUAUGUCUGCAUAUUUUGCUGCUGAUGGUGUUUGCCAAACCAACAAUAACAUUUUUUAAAAAUUACACACGCCUUAGACAGUUGCAAUCUCAAUUCCAGCCUCAAUUGGACCAACAAAAUAUGAAAUUAAAGGAGGACAAAAUCAAGAAAACGAAAAAACCAGUUGAAGCCAAAAAAGUGGUUGGGGAUGAAGAACAACUAACAGCUGAACAAGAAGCUUUUCUACAUAGUUUUGAAAAGGGUUUGCAACAAUCAACUGGCCGUAAGGGACCAAUUAAACAGCAAGAACCUGAAAAGUCUGUGGAAUCCCACUCGGAAACAGAAAAAGUAUCUGUACACUUUGAUCAAUGCACCCAAUUGGCGUUGUUGCCCUUUUUCCUGUGCAACUUUAUAGGUGUCUUAUGUGCUCGUUCGUUACACUACCAAUUCUAUGUUUGGUAUUACCACUCAUUGCCUUACUUGACAUGGUCCACCAACUACAGUUUGGGAUUGCGUUAUCUUUUAUUGGGUCUUAUAGAAUUCUGUUGGAAUACAUAUCCCAGUACCGAUUUCUCCAGUGUUGUUUUACAUUUAAGUCAUUUGAUUUUAUUAUAUGGUGUGGCCCGCAAUAUGUUCAAAACUCUUAGUCAAAGUACUGCCAUACGAAAACAACAAGAUUUAAAUGAAGCUAAACAGUCAUCUGCUAAUGGUUCCAUAUCAAGUGCCAAAUCUAAGACUAAGAAACAUUAAAAUUAAUAUUCAAAUUAUAUUUGUUAAAAUUUAUAAAACAAAAUGCAUAAAUGUAAUAGAAUAAAAGACGAAUAAAGUAUGACAAAAAUUUUAUGAAAAAAAAAAAAACGAUUUUACAAGAAAUAAGACCAAAACAUAAAACGAUGUAAAAA